AUGUCUUCUCGAAAACGCAUUAAAAAACAUGUACGCAGCAGUGUAAACGAUGCAGUUCCGGAAGAAAGAGUAGAGCAAUUUUUACGGCUCACUGUAAGCCGAUAUAUAGCGCAACCGAUGUAUUACCCUGGUCCAUCUUAUCAUGGUCCGUCUUAUCCGGGUCCAUCUUAUCCUGGACCAUCUUAUCAAGAUACCUUAUCACACCAUACUGGUUAUUAUGGACCACAAUAUCGGCCAGCAAUACCAUAUGAACCCUAUCAGCCCACGUUAUUCUCACCGCCUGGUACAAUUUACGAUAGUAGGCGUGGUGUUGUGACAACAUUUCCUGGCGGAGGAAUACCACUUUUAGUUGACUAUAAUAAACGUUGUCCAGGUAAUUAUCGUGGUACUCAAUACCAUCCUAACCGCCAUCAUUAUUACUUCGUUUGUACAGACUACUGUGUUAUAUUUGGCAAAUGUAAUGGUAUGGAGGUUUUUAAUAACUCGACUGGUCAUUGUGGUAAUCAUCCAAUGCAACACUAUAAACCAAAUUGCGUUACAGAAGGUCGUUUCCCUAUUACCACAGAUAAAUCAAUAUAUUACAGAUGUAGUUAUGAUUUAACAGCGCGUGUAUAUUCCUGCCCACAUGGUAUGGUCUUCUCCAAUAGUAGAAAAAAAUGUGUACAUAAAACUCAGACACCCAUCGAAAAUUAUCCAAAACAUGAACCGUCAUUUUAUUCACAAUAUCCACCAAGUUAUUCAGACGAUUCUACGGAAGAUAGUGAAUAUCCAAUUGAAAAUUCUAAUCCUUGCGACAAUUCUAAUGAAAAAGAGAAACCAUAUAACUUACCUAGGACAAGCACAGAAAAACCAGCAGGGAAAGAAGCAAUGUUUGUAAAUAAAGCACAAACUGAAUCAACUGCAACAACUAUUAAGCCAAGUGAAACCACAAAAACGGCAAACAGCCCAAGCAUUUUAAGUAAAGCCAGUAUAGAAGAAUUGACUACUGCUAAACCAAGUGAAAAUAUGACAACAACGGAUAAACCGAGUGCUUUAAGUGAAGACGACGAAAAAGCAACUACCACUGGUACAUCAAGUGAAAGAAUAACAACAACGAAUAAACCGAAUAAUUUAAGUGAAGACGACGAAGAAGCAACUACCACUGGUACAUCAAGUGAAAGAAUAACAACAACGAAUAAACCGAAUAAUUUAAGUGAAGACGACGAAGAAGCAACUACCACUGGUACAUCAAGUGAAAGAAUAACAACAACGAAUAAACCGAAUAAUUUAAGUGAAGACGACGAAGAAGCAACUACCACUGGUACAUCAAGUGAAAGAAUAACAACAACGAAUAAACCGAAUAAUUUAAGUGAAGACGACGAAGAAGCAACUACCACUGGUACAUCAAGUGAAAGAAUAACAACAACGAAUAAACCGAAUAAUUUAAGUGAAGACGACGAAGAAGCAACUACCACUGGUACAUCAAGUGAAAGAAUAACAACAACGAAUAAACCGAAUAAUUUAAGUGAAGACGACGAAGAAGCAACUACCACUGUCAAAUGGAGCACAGAAGUUAGUGAAGAGAAACAUUCAGAAAUUAGGGUUUUAGAUUAA